AUGGCAGCAAAAGAUAGCACCAUCCCAAAAUCACUCGCGGUGACUCGGCUGGGCAUCGGAGAAGCCAUUCGCCGUAACGUCAACGUGGCCGUCAAUUCUCCCAGCGGCGAUAAAGAGAGGGUGCAACGGCAUGAGCAGAUUGCCAACAAGGGCGUGGCCGAGAUAGAUCAGGGAAGAGCUGUGAGAGGAUCAGGAGAGGCAUACCCGGGUCCUGGGUUGGGAUCGGGGAAGGUGGGAAGAUAG